AUGUUUGGCCCACUCUCGAUUUUCACUCUUAACAUUACCCUGGCAGUCCUUCAGUUCCUACUGUUCGCCGCAGUAGGGGCCAUUCUUGCCAUCUAUUCACGGUUCGGGGACCAGUAUGCCAACAGUAUCCGAUGGACUCGUCAAGGAGGAUACGUAGAGAUGAUCAGUUCACUUUACGACUCGUUUCAUAUUGUCCCAAGCCGUACAAAAUGCAUUAUGGUGAUCACUAUCUUGGCAAGUCUUGUAGCUGGCCUCGGCUGGUCUACAUCAAUCCGAUACGGCGAAAAUAUUACCGAGGCCAUGAGCUUGUUAAUCAACAGUACUAGGAACAUUCCAACAGCUGACGCCAGUAGUGGACGAUUAUAUAUUCCGCGAUUGACAGAGUAUGAAAUUGUUUGUGCACAAUCCAACGUUCAGUUCCUGGAUCAUGAUGUUGCCUUACCCACUCAAGGAGGAUGCUCCAAUACAUAUAUCGGCUUUACCACAACUUCGGUUAUUUCCUACCAUACCACAAUCGUUUUGCAGAGAUUUCCUAACCGAUGGAGUAUGGUUAUUCCAGGAGGGGAAGAACUGCAUGACGCGAGCUUGAGCAUCAACUUUGAGAACCGAGGCAUACUCUGCGUUCUAGGCGAAAUCAACAUACCAUCUUUCGCUAUCUCGAAUAAAGCCAAAGUGAAUCGUCUUCCCAGGACUAUCACAACGAAAUGUGUUCAUGAGGAUGGGGAUGUUUCAGUUGUGGCUGCCACAACUGUACAUUUUUCUGAAGGGUUUCAGUCAAGGCUUAACAACACAACCACAAGAUUUUUCCAGGAAGAUGAUGAAAUUUUUCAGGCCAUGGAUGAACUUAUCAAAAGGACAGUUCCAUCAGACACGGACAUGGAUCGCCCUACAAUGUUAGCCAAAGUGAGGAUUCGUGGAACUAUGCUCGACACUGUGAUCUGUGUUUUUUCUAUCGUUGUAGGUUUACAAUAUCCUUUAAAUGCCAUGAUGAUUGAACAUGUCCCUCCCAUAAUCCAUGGUGAACGGUCCUUAGUCUCGAAUUCUCAACUCCAGGAUGAUACAGUGGCUGCAUCUCGACUCAUGGCACUGCUGGGACAAAACUUUCAUAAUGAUUUUGAAUCCGAGGAAUCCGAGAAGCUCUAUGUGAUCUACGAUGUCUUUUAUCCAGAAAAAGGACUAGAGAUCCCAAAGUGGCUAUUGAUUGUCAUUCUCGUACUCAUGGUUGUCUGCUUCUGUUUAUGGACCUUGGCAGAGGGGCUUCUGGACAGGAAAUACACCAGCUCACUUUACAAGACUAUUUCUAUUCAAUUGUCCCCUUAUAAUCAAGCGUCUGCGCCUUGGAUCAUGCGAGUAGAUGUCGAACCAAUGAAGUUUGAGGAUAUACCAAUCGUAUCUAUACAGGAGGAGAUGGGAAAGAACACAGAGCCCAAAGAUACCAAUGCCUUAUUGAUGGAUAGUCCCUUCAGUCCUCCAGUUCUUGCUGGUUGCCGCAGUAGGCCUAUUCUUCCCAUCUAUUCACAGGUCGGAGACCAGUAUGCCAACAGUAUCCGAUGGGGUCAUCAAGGGGGUUACAUGGAGAUGAUCAGUUCGCUUUACAACUCGCUCUAUAUUGUCCCCAGCCGUACAAAAUGCAUCAUGGUGAUCACUAUCUUGGCAAGCCUUGUAGCUGGCCUGCUCGAUAAAGGUGUGGCUCGCUUCAUCUCUCCAGCAGAAAGACUCAUUAAAGGCGACAGCAUCUUAGAGAUCACACCACAGAUUAUCACUAUCGGCCCUGAAAUAACCUUCAGCGGUUGGUCUAAAUCAAUCCGAUACGGUGAAAAUGUUACAGAGGCUAUGGGCUUGUUGAUCAACAGCACUAAGAACAUCACAACCGCUGAGGCGAGUAGUAGAAGAUUGUAUAUUCUGCGACAGACAGACUACGACAUUGUUUGUGCACAAUCCAACGUUCAGUUUACGGUCAAGCAGAUGGCCACUCCUCCACUCGGUAGUGAAAAAUGCUCUGAAACAUCAGUUUACUUGCAGACUGAUCUAGAGGCUCCUUCCUACAACAUCACAAACGUUGUGCAGGGAUCUUCUAAUCAAUGGAGUGUAGUUAUCACAGGAGGGAAAGAACUAGGCGGUACGGCUGUGGGAAUCGAAUUUAGGAACCAAGGCGUGAGCUGCGGUUUGGGUGGACUCAACAUGCCAUUUCUUUCUUACUUGCAAAGCAAGAUGAAUACACUUCCUAGUACCGUCAUCAAAAAAUGUGUUCAUGAGAACGGUGAUGUCUUAGUGAUGGCUGCCACAGCUGUAAAGUUCUUAGGAUUUAAUGGAUCAAUACCUAGUGAUUCAAUCGAAGAAGUUUUCCAAGGAGCGGACGAGAUCUUCCAAGCCAUGAAUGCACUCAUCAUCAGGACAGUUACAUCUCGAGACAAAUAUCCUACACUUCUAGCUGAAGUGAGGAUCCGUGGACCCAUGAUUGACAUCGUGCUUUGCACUUUUGUAAUCUUUUUUCGCUCUCCAUUGCCUAUAUGUCUGUACUCUGUCAUCAAUCUCUUGGUCGUGAGGCCAAAAGAGCAAAUAGUCCAUAACGUGAAAGCAAGAAGUAACUGGCGUCCUUUACCCGAUCGUUAUGGUGGAAAUGACAUGGUGAUUGAGCAUUUUCCUCCUAUAAUUCAUGGUGAACGGGCCUUGGCCUCGAUCCCUCAGCUUCAGGAUGAUACAGUGGCUGUGUCUCAAUAUAUGGCGUCGUUGGGGCAUAACUUUUAUAUGGAUUUUGAUGGCCGAAAGGCCUAUGUACUCUAUGAUGUCUUUACUCCGGAAAAAGGCCUAGAAAUCCCAAUGUGGUUGUUAGUCUUCAUUAUCGUGGCCAUGGUGGCUUGUUUCUAUGUAUGGGUCUUGACAGAGUUGCUCCUGGAUGGAAAAUAUACCAGUUCGCUUUACAAGACCAUUUCUAUCCAAUUGACGCCUCAUAAUCCAGUGUCUGCGCUAUGGAUUAUGCGAGCGGAUAUACACCCAAUGGCGUUUGAGAGCAUACGAGUUGUGCCUAAACAGGAAGAGAUGGAAAUGAACACAGGCAGCACAAAGUCUUUAUUGACGAACAGCCCCUAGCUUCCUUAUUUGCAUCCCCCUUCUGCACUCU